GACAGUGAGAAUCUUCCGGAGUCGCGGGGCUCCGCUCGACUCGGAUCAGCUGUAUAUAUAGAGACAUUUCUUUUUGAGGGGGUGGGGAGUUGUUUUUCGGGGGAUCCGGGUCACAUCUCCGAGGUGAUGAGCCGUCCGAAGCGUCCGCGUGUUGCUGUCCAGGGUCCUGAGUGAGACGGAGCUACACGGGCGGCCACGGAGCCCGACAUAACCCGUGAGUUGAAAAGCUCAGAAGACAUGGAGUUGAGGGUGGGAAACAAGUACCGCCUUGGGAGGAAGAUAGGGAGCGGAUCCUUUGGAGAUAUUUACCUCGGUUCUACCAUCGCCACAGGAGAGGAAGUCGCCAUCAAACUGGAAUGUGUGAAAACCAAACAUCCACAGCUCCACAUCGAGAGCAAAUUUUACAAGAUGAUGCAGGGCGGAGUGGGAAUCCCGUCCAUUAAGUGGUGCGGCGCGGAAGGCGACUACAAUGUUAUGGUCAUGGAGCUGCUGGGCCCCAGUCUGGAGGACCUGUUCAACUUCUGCUCCCGCAAGUUCAGUCUGAAAACAGUCCUGCUGCUGGCCGACCAGAUGAUCAGCAGGAUUGAAUAUAUCCACUCCAAGAACUUCCUCCACAGAGACGUGAAGCCGGACAACUUCCUGAUGGGGCUCGGCAAGAAGGGCAACCUGGUCUACAUUAUCGACUUCGGCCUGGCCAAGAAAUACCGAGACGCCCGAACGCACCAACACAUCCCCUACCGUGAGAAUAAGAACCUCACCGGCACCGCCCGCUAUGCCUCCAUCAACACCCAUCUGGGCAUUGAGCAGUCGAGGCGAGACGACCUGGAGUCUCUGGGCUACGUCCUCAUGUACUUCAACCUGGGCUCUCUGCCCUGGCAGGGGCUCAAGGCUGCCACCAAGAGGCAGAAGUAUGAACGCAUCAGUGAGAAGAAAAUGUCCACGCCCAUCGAGGUGCUCUGCAAGGGAUACCCAUCUGAGUUCUCCACGUAUCUGAAUCUGUGUCGCGCCCUGCGGUUCGACGACAAGCCGGACUACUCGUACCUGAGGCAGCUCUUCAGGAACCUGUUCCACAGACAGGGCUUCUCCUACGACUACGUCUUCGACUGGAACAUGCUGAAGUUUGGGGCCAGCAGGACCGCAGAGGAUGGAGAGAGGGAGAGGAGGGAGGGGAAAGAGGGGGAGGAGCGAGCAGCUGGAGGCCAAAGAGGAGCCGGAGGUCCCGCUGUGCUGCCCGGUCCGAACCCUUCGGCAGCCCACAGAGUCAGGAACGAGGCCGAAGCCGCUCCCUCGAACCCGGCCACGCGCGGGGCCCAGCAGUCAGGUCAGGGUGCAGUCCGCGGUGUUGGAGAUGCAAGAUGUAUAACGGUCCUCAAUUCCAGCGGUGCGUUUGUCUGUGUUCGUCCAGGUAACCGCUCUCCUCAGGUGGGGAGAGCAGAGCGGGCCGAGCGAGAGAGGAAGGUGGCCAUGAGGCUCCAUCGCGGGGCCCCCGCCAACGUCCCCUCCGCCGACGUCGCCGUGCGCCUCGACCAAUCGCGCAUCGCCGCAUCACAGGUCAGUGUGCCAUUUGAACAUCUGGCAAAGUGAGUUAUCAGCGGCAGGUACGAACCUCUCUCUCUCUCUCUCUCUCUCUCUCUCUCUCUCACACUACAUGCUUGAAAAGCUAUCCAUUUAUUUUGUCCUUAAUGACCUCUGACCCCCUUACCCUUCAUAUACAGUACAUCCAAAAACAAUUGUUGAUACCAAGCUAAAAUAGUUUUGUAACUGCAGUUAUUCAAAGCGAUGACAACUGAUAAAAUAUUUUUUUUUUUAAAUGUUUCUAAAAUUUAAAAAGCUAUUGCAGUCUAUGAUGCAUGUUGCAACAUGACCGGUUGGAAGAGGCAAUCAACAACAAGGUUUAAAGUGGUUUAAAGGAAAAUUCUAGAAUAUCUUUUAAAAAGUAAUUACAACUGGUCCAUAUCUCAAUGGUCUGUAUUUACAGGAUAGGUCUGGUGAUAUUCUAUUUUGUUCUUAUUGUCGAUAAAUAAACAGCAACAAUGAUCCUGCGAACAAGUGAGUAAGCCUAAUAUAUCGUAUUCAUCUGUGCCAUGGAGCUCCAUUGUUGUCCAAAAACUAUUGAAAACAUGAAUGUUGACAUGUUUAUUGUGAGUCGAUCCCACAGAGACAGCCCUGCAGCUGGAAAUAUGAAAAUAUAUGUAUGAAUAUAAAUAGAUUCAGGCAUCUAAUGUGCUGAUGAAAACAGUAACCUACAGAUGCACUAGUUCCUCCUGUUUGAGUGAUGUUUGCUAAAAAAACAACCAACAUGAUUUAUUUGUGGCCUGGUUUUUAAAGAUGAAUAUCUUCAAUAGGAGCUAAUGGGCUUUGGGCUGAGUGCCACAGGAAAGUCAGAAUGUAUCGAGAGACAAGAACAAUGCAUUGUUUGUAUCAUUGCAUGGGAUUUGUUACACCAAACAAAUAGAAUAUUUCCAGUCACGUACCCACUAAAGUGAUAUUUCUCUUCCUUGUUUUGUUUAUUUGCGGUUCAGCAGCAGCAGGGUAUCAAAUAGCCCUUACUUUUCAAAUGGAUGAAUGAAAACAUGAGUGAGUGGAGGAGGACAAGAGGAGCAGGAGGAGGCCUUGCAGGCCCUCAAAGGGGGGAUGGAGGCCAUCCGCGAGUCUGUCAGUGUGCCGUGUGAACAGUGGUGACCGAGAGGAGCCGAGGGAACAUUGAGAUGACAGAAACCAGCGUGACAAACAAACUCUUGGCUGCAACUUUUUGGUACUGCUUUCCAGGAUGUGGCCGGAGGGGGACGUGUGGCCAGACAACACACAGGUCCCGCCCCUUCUUUACUAAUAUUCACCUGCACAUCGACUCAGAGGCUCAACUUGCAACAACAAAACACUCCCAUCAAAGUGCACAAACUGGACUAAAUGUCACUAAUUCUGUGGUUUACCAUGUGAUAAAAUUUUUUUGUUUUUUUUAAAUCACCUAUUAACCUGCUACGAGCUAAAUCCGCUGUUUAUGGUGUUCUUGAUUCUGAGUAAAUAUGUAAACAACUAUGAAGACAAACAGAUGAGACAGGGAGAUGGAUCAAAGGUAGGAUCAGAGGUGGGGAAUACAUGUGAGAGUGUCUGCGUUGCAUUUGUGGAUGGGAGCGCGGCUGCUUUUUGUCAGUAUGUGUCAGUGUCCGUCUGCGUGCUACUGUCUUAAGUGUUCGUUUUGCCUUUUAGAUUUGCUUUAGAGAGCCUGAGGGAUGGAGGAGGGGAAGGUGACUGUUGGAUGAAUUACCCAUGAAUCAUAACAGAAGACCCCAAUUAAAACAUCCUUUUUCUUCAGCACACUUGGUAAUGUCUUGCCUAUGAGAGCCCGACGAGGGGAACACGCUCAGUGAACGUGGAAAGGGAAGGAGGAGGAGGACUGCUGUGAGUUAAGAACAGAAUAAGACAUGAGGAUGAUACGAUAACGCCUUAGUCCAGCUUCUAACUCCGGGUAUGAAAAGACUUGAGAAAGUUAGAAGAUCUUGGUGGUGAACUAGUCUGUUGUUGUAUUUUUGUUCAUUACUUUUUUUGUUUUAUAAUAGUACAUGUAAGAUGUGUAGAUAACCUUUUGCCAGAAUGUGACGAGGGGGCUGGAGAGUAGAGUACUGUUUACUUCCUGACAACCCUGGGCGAAAUGUGAAAAGGACAUUUGUUCCGCUAACCUUUAGAGUCCGCCAGAGGUGUGUGUUUUGGUUUCCACUGUGGCGGGCAAUGACAGAAAGGUUCUUGUUCAUAUUUCAAGGAGUGGUUUGACCCAGACCUGUCAGAAUGGGCUGAUGCCACUGAUGGUAAUGAGCUGUCUGACGUCCUGUACAUUUCUGUACCAUGCUUCAACUUUAUUACUAUAUAUAAUAUUUGUGCAUAUUUUCCGAAUCAAUAAAAAUAUACACAGCUUAUACAAA